GCCGUUGAUCAGAAACCGGUUUGGGCCUUUGUGUUCGGUUACCAAACCAGCCCAGUCCAGCCCUCAAAUAGUUCAUUACUUUACACGUCAUCUUCUAUAUCCACCUACCAUUUGGAUCCUCCUCCGAUAGAGUUUAACCUCCAAAACAGUCAUGGAAUUCCACUGAAAUCAAACCACAAGCUCCUCCUCCCCCUUCAAGUUUCUUCAACUCGAACCAGAAAAACAAUGUCACUGUGCUUCUCCUCCCUUGUAUUCAAUCUCCAUUCCGCAAAGAACCAAAGCUUCAUAACCCGUUUCUCUUCUCAGUUCACCCACCAAACCAGCAAGGUAAGCUCUGUUCUUUCUGGUUUUUCACCAUCUUGUCCAGUAAACUUAUCUGAAGUUUUGAAUUUUAGAACAGAUAUAUUGAAACCCAUAUCAGCUUCAUCGAACCCAGUUGCUGAAAUCACCAAUCCACCAUCGUUCCGCCGCAAAAACCCAAAAGACAUCAACAUUUUGGUGGUGGGUGCAACUGGGUACAUUGGGAAAUUUGUAGUUAAGGAGUUGGUUAACAGAGAGUUCAAUGUUAUAGCCAUUGCUAGGGAGAAUAGUGGAAUUCGGGGUAAAGUUAGCAAGGAUGAGACUCUGAAGGAGUUGAAAGGUGCAAAUGUGUGCUUUUCGGAUGUGACCGAUUUGGGUGUUUUCGAUAAAUGUUUGGAAGAUUUGGGGGUUUCGAUUGAUGUUGUUGUUUCAUGCCUUGCUAGCCGUUCUGGGGGUGUGAAGGACUCUUGGAAGAUUGAUUACGAGGCCACGAAAAACAGUCUUGUUGCCGGUAGGAAGCGUGGGGCUUCACAUUUUGUGUUGCUUUCUGCAAUUUGUGUGCAGAAGCCCCUCCUUGAGUUCCAGCGUGCGAAGCUGAAAUUCGAGUCACAGUUAAUUAGAGAAGCUGAGGAGGAUAAUGGGUUUAGUUAUAGCAUUGUAAGGCCGACCGCGUUUUUUAAGAGCUUGGGUGGUCAGGUUGAGUUGGUGAAAGAUGGCAAGCCUUAUGUGAUGUUUGGAGAUGGGAAGUUGUGUGCUUGCAAGCCAAUCAGCGAGGCGGAUUUGGCUUCGUUUAUUGCGGAUUGUGUGUUGAGUGAGAACAAGAUUAACCAGGUUUUGCCUAUCGGAGGACCGGGUAAGGCGUUAACGCCCUUGGAGCAAGGGGAGUUGCUGUUUAGACUUGUGGGAAGGGAACCCAAGUUCUUGAAGGUGCCAAUUGAAAUUAUGGACUUUGCUAUUGGGGUUCUCGAUUUCCUUGUAAGGGUAUUUCCUUCAAUGGAAGAUACUGCUGAGUUCGGGAAGAUUGGAAGGUAUUAUGCAGCUGAGAGUAUGUUGGUUUUGGAUCCUGAGACGGGAGAAUACAAUGCUGAGAAAACGCCAAGUUAUGGCAAAGACACAUUGGAAGAAUUCUUUGAGACAGUGCUGAGGGAGGGGAUGGCCGGUCAGGAAUUAGGCGAACAAACGAUUUUCUAAGAAUUUGUGGCGUGAUUAAAAAGUUUCUACAUUCAGUUUCUCAGUUGGUUAAACAAGUUUUGUACAAUAGUCUUCUUUCAGGUAUGCAGUUUCUCAUCUGUACACCGAACUGUGUUUCAUAUCGGUGACAAGCUAUUCAUUUUUCUAGCAUUGUUGUGAGAUACUUAACUGAUACUUCAGUUGCAUCAAUAUAUCAUCAGAUUGGUUACUUAA